AUGGCGGGCAGGGUCAGUGAAACAUCCAAUCCGAGAGCGGAAGGAGAAGGAGAGACGUCGAGCGGUAUUAGAGUCCAUGGCAUGCAAUUCUCGUACGAUGCACAACCUCCGCUUUUCUGCGAUUUCAACCUUAACAUAGCCCCCGGAUCGCGAUGCCUUCUCGUCGGCGCCAACGGAUCUGGCAAGACCACUUUGCUGAAGAUUCUAGCAGGGAAGCAGAUGGUGGGAGGGAGAGAUGUGGUGCGGGUUUUAAAUUGUUCGGCUUUUCAUGACACUCAUUUGGUUUGCAGCGGCGAUUUAGCUUACUUGGGAGGCUCGUGGAGUAAAUCUGUUGGCUCUGCUGGAGAACUUCCAUUGCAGGGAGAUUUCUCAGCUGAACAUAUGAUAUUUGGAGUUGAAGGGACUGAUCCAGUUAGGAGAGACAAGUUGAUUGAGCUACUUGAUAUAAACCUCCAGUGGAGAAUGCAUAAAGUAUCUGAUGGGCAACGACGUCGAGUCCAAAUCUGCAUGGGGCUUCUUCAUCCUUUCAAGGUUCUCUUGCUUGAUGAGGUAACGGUCGACUUGGAUGUUGUUGCCAGACUGGACUUAUUAGAUUUCUUCAAGGAAGAAUGUGAACAGAGAGGAGCGACAAUUGUUUAUGCAACCCAUAUUUUUGAUGGGUUGGAGACAUGGGCAACCCAUCUGGCUUACAUCCAAGAUGGGGAGCUAAAGAGGGCUGAGAAGUUAUCGGAGGUCAAUGAGUUGAAGAGUUCGGCCAAUCUGCUCUCUGUUGUUGAGUCCUGGCUCCGUGCUGAAACCAAGCAUGAGAAAAAGAGAUCCACAAAUCCUCCUGCCCAAACUCAAAAGACCUCUCCUUUUGCUACAUCUCCAUUUAUGUCAUCAAGACACAUGGCAUAUUACCGCUGA